AUGGCAGAUAACAACCGAUUCCGAAUACCCUUCCUGGGUGCGAGACGCCACCACAACUACGGCUUCUCCGACGAAGACUUCGACUUCACGAAGCUGCCCGAUGGCGACCGCGACUUCCUCCCUCCCGAGGACCUCGCCGCAUUCGCCCAGGCCCUCAGCGCCCCCGACCCCAUUCCCAUCCCCGCGUCCGACGAUGUGACCUCCCCUCGCAGCUUCGGCAGCUUCGCCGGCCGCAGCUCCGCGAGCCUGGAGCUCACGCGCUCGGGCUCGAUUGCCUCGUCCGACAUGGCGCCGGGCCAGGACGGUGCCCAGAGCAGCUAUUUCAUCACGGCGCAGAACGACUGGGCGCCCGUGAACCUGAAGAUUUCGAAGAACGGACGCCGGCGGCGGCGUAAGAAGACGGCCAUGGGCCGGCGCACCGUCGACGAGACACGCGAAGGCCAUCUAUACGGACUGCUGAAGUGGCCCUUCCUUUUGGGGGUCAUGUUCUGGCUCGUCGGGCUCGGCGUCACGUACCUGCUCACGCGCUUCUACAUCUUCAUGUACGAGCACUACAUAGCCUGGACGGGCCGGCGGGAGCGGCUGCGCCGAGCUAUGCGCGCUACGAGCAGCUACCGCGACUGGGUCAACGCCGCAAAGGAGAUGGACGCGUACAUGGGGAAUCAACUGUGGAAGGAGGAGAACGAGUACGCAUACUACGAUUCCAAGACCGUGCGCCGCGUCUGGGAGCAGAUCCGCAGGCACCGCCGGGCUGCCGAGCAGUACGAGGCCAAGGUCUCUGGUGCACCUGGCUACGAGAAUGGGGAGGAGGUGGUGAACGGUGCUGGCGACGGCAAGAAGGCUGUGGAGGAUCUGAAGGCACUCAUCGAGGCGUGCGUCAAGAAUAACUUCGUCGGUGUGGAGAAUCCAAGGCUUUAUAGCCAGACGUACUACGGCACGAAGAAUCUGGUUCAGAACUUCGUUGAUGAAGUUGAGAAGAGUACUCGAUUCUUGACGAACACGAAACAACUGCCCCUGGAAGAGAAGCGUGCCCUGUUCAAACGAAUGCACGCAAACUAUGGACGCACUGCGCUGUGUCUCUCUGGCGGAGCUGCGUUUGCGUACUAUCAUUUUGGACUUGUCAAGGCGCUGCUCGAAGCGGACUUGGUACCGGACGUCAUCACAGGCACAAGCGGCGGUGCGUUGGUAGCAGCGCUUGUCGCAACCCGAACAAACGAGGAGCUGAAGCACACACUGGUUCCAGCUCUCGCGGGAAAGAUAAGAGCCUGCUCUGAGCCAAUAACUACAUGGCUACCCCGAUGGUGGAAGACAGGGGCAAGGUUCGACUCGGUCGACUGGGCUCGCCAGUGCAGCUGGUGGGCUCAUGGUUCAAUGACCUUCAGGGAGGCAUAUGAGCGCACCGGACGCAUUCUCAAUGUCUCCUGCGUCCCGGCUGAUCCUCAUUCGCCGACUAUUCUGUGCAAUUACCUUACCUCUCCAGACUGUGUCAUUUGGUCUGCUGUCUUGGCCAGUGCUGCUGUCCCGGGUAUCCUCAAUCCUGUUGUGCUCAUGAUGAAGACUAAGGAUGGGGACUUGGUCCCGUAUUCCUUCGGUCAUAAGUGGAAGGAUGGCAGUCUGAGAACGGAUAUACCAAUCAGGGCUCUCAACUUGCAUUUCAACGUCAAUUUCACCAUCGUCAGCCAGGUGAACCCGCACAUCUCCCUCUUUUUCUUUUCUUCGCGAGGCACCGUGGGUGGACCGGUCACGCACCGGAAAGGCCGCGGCUGGCGAGGUGGUUAUUUGGGUUCUGCAACCGAGCAGUACAUCAAGUUAGAUCUCACGAAGUGGCUGAAGGUGCUGAAGCAUCUCGAACUACUGCCCCGUCCACUUGGGCAGGACUGGUCUCAACUGUGGCUCCAACAGUUCAGCGGUACCAUCACCAUCUGGCCUCAGGCCAAACCGUCUGAUUUUCUGGGCAUUCUGUCAGAUCCCGAUUCCCAUCGGCUGGCCCGUAUGUUGCACGAGGGCCAGCAGAGUGCAUUUCCAAAGCUCAAGUUCAUCUCAAACCGACUAAAGGUAGAGCGCCUGAUCGAACAGGGCAGGCGUGAGACGCGACCCGGCGUUCGGAGAGGCAGCAUCCAGAGUAUCAUCAGUGAGGACGACUUGCAGAGUCUCUUGCGCGGAACGGGAACCGGUACGGACGAGGAGACGACAGAGGCGGAGAUUGACGAGGACGUCAUCAUCGAAGAUAACCACCUCGAGGAUGCUGUAGAGAGCAUCAAGGAGGAGUGA